GCUAUAGACAGAGAGAUAAACAUAGUUCACAAAAGUAACUCAUCAUUUUCUUCCUAGUUUGCUUUUCCCUUACUUACUAAAAACUUUACUUCAUUUAUUCCUCGGACCAGUCUUCUUCUUCUUUAGGGUUUUGUCCCAACCAUUAACUCCAAAAAGCACCUCAAGAUCUGCUUCGCCUCUUGUUUUCCUCAAUUUUUCACUUUGCAAUUCGCUCCAUUUCUUCUCACGUCGCUCGUAUUCAACUUAAAAGAGGGAAAAUUGAAGAAAGGGGUGGAAAAUUUGGGGGUAAAUGUGAGUUGGGAUGAAAGGAAUUGCCAUUUUCGGGGGGCUUUCGGAGGAGGGGGGUGGGUGGUUAGGAUGAGGUUGAGUGUUUAAGCUUCUUUGUUUUUUGUUUUUUGCUUUUCUAGUUCUAUUUUAGGAAUAAAAAUUGAGUCUUUAUUUCCUCUUUUGGAAUAUGAGGCUGUCUUCUUCUUCGUCUUCAACUAGUACUGCAUUUAAUGCUCAGGCGGAGGAAGGGGAGAAGAAAUGCUUGAAUUCGGAGCUCUGGCACGCGUGUGCCGGACCGCUGGUUUCGCUUCCCCAGCUCGGGAGCCGGGUGGUUUAUUUCCCUCAAGGCCAUAGUGAGCAGGUUUCCGCCUCUACGAACAAGGUAGUAGACAGUGCUAUCCCUAACUAUCCUGGCUUGCAGCCGCAGCUAAUAUGCCAACUUCACAAUGUUACCAUGCAUGCAGAUGUUGAAACAGAUGAGGUCCACGCUCAAAUGACUUUGCAGCCACUUACCCCUCAAGAGCAGAAGGACAUAUGCCUACUACCGUCAGAGCUUGGCACUCCAAGCAAACAGCCAACGAAUUACUUCUGUAAGACGUUGACUGCUAGUGACACCAGCACUCAUGGAGGAUUUUCUGUCCCUCGUCGAGCAGCUGAGAAAGUUUUUCCUCCUCUUGACUACUCUCAAACCCCUCCGGCUCAAGAAUUAAUCGCGAAGGAUCUUCACGGAAACGAGUGGAAGUUUAGGCAUAUAUUUCGGGGUCAGCCGAAGAGGCAUCUCCUAACAACCGGUUGGAGUGUGUUCGUGAGUGCGAAGAGACUUGUUGCUGGAGAUUCUGUUAUUUUCAUCUGGAACGAAAACAACCAAUUAUUCUUGGGGAUUCGGCGUGCAAAUCGAUCUCAAACUGUCAUGCCUUCGUCAGUGCUGUCGAGUGAUAGUAUGCACAUUGGGCUUCUUGCUGCUGCUGCCCAUGCUGCGGCGACAAAUAGCCGGUUCACCAUCUUCUAUAAUCCCAGGGCUUGUCCAUCGGAGUUUGUGAUACCUCUCGCAAAAUAUGCCAAAGCAGUUUAUCAUACGAGAGUUUCUGUUGGUAUGCGCUUUAGGAUGCUUUUCGAAACUGAAGAAUCAAGCGUCCGCAGGUAUAUGGGUACAAUUACGGGAGUCAGUGAUUUGGAUCCGGUUCGUUGGCCGAGCUCGCAUUGGCGCUCAGUGAAGGUCGGAUGGGACGAGUCGACUGCAGGGGAGAGGCAACCCAGAGUGUCCUUGUGGGAGAUCGAACCUCUAACGACUUUUCCCAUGUACCCAUCUCCAUUCUCUCUCAGAUUGAAGCGACCGUGGCCAUCUGGAUUGCCAUCAUUUCCUGGUCUUAAAGAUGGCGAUAUGGGGAUGAAUUCUUCUAUGGCGUGGCUUCGUGGGGGUGUCGGAGAUCAAGGCCUUCAGUUUCAGGGUGUAUCCCCUUGGAUGCAACCGAGGCUAGACCCUUCGAUGCUCUGUUUACAACCCGAUAUUUACCAAGUGAUGGCAGCUGGCGCAAUGCAGGACGCGGGGUCGUUGGAUCCCUUGAAACUCUCCAAUCAGUCCUUCCUGCAGUUCCAGCAGAGCGCCCCUAACGUUUCUGCAUCGCUGUUGCAGAAUCAGAUGCUGCAACAGCCUCAUUCUCAACCAAACUUCCUGCAGAACCUUCCGGAGAACAGCGUUGUUUCUCAGUCUCAGAUGUUGCAUCAGCAAUUGCAGGGCCGUCAGUCGUUUAUCAAUCAUCUUCAGCAGCAGCAGCCGAAUCCACAAUUUCAUGAUCAGCUGAUGAAAAAAUCUAUUCCGACUAGCUUGCAGAUAGGAUCGGCUUCCGAGUCUCAGUUCACGCCCGUGCAGGUCUUGUCGUCGACGAGCCAGCUACAGAACUUCUCCGACCUCAUCGGGAACCAUAUGGCUUCGUCUAACAACUCUUCAAUGCAAAGCAUUUUAAGCUCAUUUUCCAGUGAAGGAAUGUCCCCGAAUGUGAACUUGAACGGACCUCAUCCUCUCGUCUCCCAUUCCUCGUCAAAACGAGUAGCGUUAGACCCACAGCUGCCUUCCAGGGUUUCUCAAUUCGGAGUGCCCCAUCCAGAAGAGCUGGUGAUGCCUAAUUCUAAGGUCUCGGACCUUUCAGCUCUGCUUCUGCCAUUCAAUGGUAUCAAUGGUAAAGCACAUCCGGGUUUAAAUGGCGUGGCACAUUCUCACGACAAUUUGAUGUUCGGUGCUGGUACGGAUUCAUCGGCUAAUAUGCUGUCUGGUAUGUCAAACCCUAGAAACAACAGCAACGAGAACGAAUCAUUGUCGAUGCCGUAUGCGACCACCCCCACAUUUCCAAGUGGUGCAGCCACCGAAUUUCCUCUCAACUCGGACAUGACUACCUCCAGUUGUGUAGACGAGUCGGGUUACAUGCAGUCCUCGGAAAACGUGGACCAAUCUAAUCCAACAUCGAGAGCCUUUGUGAAGGUUCAUAAGUCGGGAUCUUUUGGACGGUCACUCGAUAUCUCCAAAUUCAGCAGUUACUCAGAGCUGCGGAGCGAGCUUGCUCGCAUGUUUGGGCUCGAGGGCCUGUUGGAAGAUCCUCAGAGAUCAGGCUGGCAGCUUGUAUUCGUUGACCGAGAGAAUGAUAUUCUUCUCCUCGGCGAUGAUCCUUGGCAGGAAUUCGUGAACAGCGUGUGGUACAUCAAGAUUCUGUCGCCUCUCGAAGUGCAGCAAAUGGGCAAAGAGGGCCUCGAUCUUCCAAAUUCGACCCAAAAUCAUUGGCUCUCCACCACCAGCAACAGCUGCGAUGACUACGUGAGCCGGAAGGACUCCAGAAGCAACUUAAACAGCAUACCGUCCGUAGGAUCUCUCGAAUACUGACCGAUGUAACGUCGGCCUCUCGGUUUCCUUUUCCAGUGGUAUGUAACAUUGCUGUAUGUAUGUUUUAUGAUGAAUCCUUCUGUUGUUAGGACUCUUAGACUAAUUUUUAAGAACAUCCAUCGCAAUCUGUAACGAGAAAAAAAAAUAGCCGACUUUUGUUGCUAUACAGUUUUUGAAUUUUUAGUUUUU